GGCGGAAGAAGAAGCUGGGGGGGAUUUUACGACGUUUGCAACAACAUAGAGCUGUCACAAUUUUCGGCAACGAAAAGAAACCGUGGAGAAGCCCUCUCAUGAGGUAAAAUUGUACGAAAAAAAGGUAAUGCGUGUUGGAGUCCCGAGUGGAGAGAAACUGCAGAGAGGAUCUUACAAAGCUGUGAUUUUGACUGUGCUCCUGAGUGUGUUUAUGUUCCAACUGCUGAGGAUUGUUGGAUUGCGAGCGUUCUCCAUGGCAUCUGAGACGUACAUAUCAGGAACACACUCUGCAGCUUUUGUCACCUGUCCAAAUGAUACCGUUGCUAAAGACUUGGCUAGGGGUAUUGUGGAAAGGAAACUGGCUGCAUGUGUGAACAUUGUCCCAGCAAUUAAAUCUGUAUAUGAGUGGCAGGGAAAGAUUGAAGAGGACAACGAAGUGCUUCUUAUGAUCAAAACAAGAAGCUCCAAAGUGGCUGCUCUCGCUGAAUAUGUCCGCUCUAAUCACCCCUAUGAGGUGGCCGAGGUCAUCAGUCUACCGAUUGACCAGGGCAACCCACCUUACCUGAAGUGGAUUGGAGAUAUUGUACCCGAGUAGACAGAUGGCUAAAU